CUGCAGCGAUCUCCACCGUGACUUCCAGAAAGAGCCAAGAUGUCGUUCUGGAGAUCUCGCAGUGACGAAGCGGUCGACGAUUUCGACGACUAUGAUCCGACGCCGUACUCUGGCGGCUAUGACCUAGCCCUAACCUACGGUCGACCACUUUCCCCUUCCGAUGAGACGUGUUACUGUCAAUCCAUGGCCGGGGAAAUCGACUACGAGCGGCCACAGUAUUCCUCCGGCUCCCACACGUCCGCCUACGAUGCGGAGGACGUGGAUUUCGGGGAUCGGUAUGGUCGAUCGCGCCCUAAGCCUCAGAUUGAUUCCUCAUCUAGCUAUGGCGGCGAUGGAGGCUCUGUUGGUGGAUACGGAUCAAGCUAUGGCGGGGGGCCACAGCGGCAGGAGUACGGAUCCGAUUAUGGAGGGAGGCCGAAGAGAGACGAGGAUGACAGUUAUGGGGGAAUAGCACAGCAAGAACCGGGUUAUGGCUACCAGGAGGAGACGAAUCGUUUUGGGGACGAAGGGUAUCGAAAACCAAGUUACGAUGGUGGGGAUUACCGGAGGAGCGGUGAGGAAGGGUAUGGAAACCAAAGUUAUGGUGGGGACGAUUACAGGAGGGGGGAUGAGGAAGGGUAUGGCAAACAUGGUUUUCCUGGAGGUGAGCACUGGAAAGGCAAUGUUGAAGGGUAUGGAAAGCAAAGCUAUGGUGGCGGCGAGUACGGGAGGAAUGAAGGUUAUGGUGGGGCUGAAUAUCGGAGGAGCGAGGAAGAGGGCUAUGGAGGAGGAGAUGGGGGGUACAGAAGGAAUGAACAGUCUGGCUAUGGGGGAAGGACAGGAUAUGAGAGGCCGAGCUUUGGCGGGGAUGAUGAAGGGAUUGGGAGGUAUAAGAAGUCUGGCUAUGGUGAUGAAGACGAGAGCGGCGGAUUCGGGAAGCCAAGCGGCUACGGAGAGCAAUAUGAGGGAUAUUAUGGGCGUUCCAAAUAUGGAAGUGAAUCUCGUGAUGACGGAGAAGACGAACCCAGCUAUCAAAAGCAUCAUCACCAUCGCCACAAUUAUGAUGAAGAUUGAACCAAUUCUGGAACAAAGAUGUAGUUGGUCUCCCUUCGUAUCGUAUUUCAUUUUAAAUAAAGCUUCGGCGUGGCUCUCUUUGUUUUUAUAAUAUUGCUACAAUGCGUGUUUUUGGAAGCAUUCCAUGUUCUGGAAAUGUUCCCAGGAUUGAAUCGGUUGUGCUGAGAACUUAUUUGUGCCUCUGCUUUCCUGAAUUUACUCAUCGUCUUUCUUUCUGGAACAAAU